AUGGACCUCGCCGCCGCCGAGGAGGCAGCCGUCUCCACCAAUUUUUACCUGGACCUUGUGAGGUUCGAGCCACAACCCGGCGGAUCGUUUGACCGCGGUCUGGUAAUCCCGUUCAAGGUUCUGCACAACCCGAACAACCAAUCUGUCCCCGCCAGCAACUUCAGCAUUCUCUGCGCAGAUGCCGCCGUCACGACUGUGAACCCCGGCGACGUCACUCUCCUCGACAGGAGUUACAUCGGCCAUGGCCAUGUCGUCGCGUCCGCCUCAAACCUCGGCGGCCAGAUCGGCGUCGUCACUGGCGUGACCACUGCGCUCGACUUGAUCCAGCUCGGCGAUCCCACGGCAGUCAUCCAAGGCAUGUCGCCGUCCGACCUCCGGCGUGUCAGGGGACUCUGCCUUGGUGACUACGUAGUUUCUGGGCUGUGGUUUGGCCGAGUCGUGGAGGUAUCCCUCGACGUCGACGUGUUGUUCGAUGACGGUGCCGUCUGUAGGGUCACUGAUGCGGAGUCCAAGAAGUUGCUGUCGGCGGAGACACACACCAGUUACCGGCCUCAGACGAACACACUACUGUACCCGGGAGAGCGCGUCAUGGGCGACCCUUACGCCGUCUUCAAGGCCUCCCGGUGGCUCAACGGGCACUGGAAAGCCAGCCGCGAGGUAGGUACCGUAUGCAAGGUGGAGAUGGCUGGGGUUCUUGUCUACUGGAUCACGUCGGCGCUUUGCCAGCAGCAGGAGUCCGCUCCUCCGCCGGCCUAUCAGAGUCCCGACAAUCUGACUUUCUUCUGCCCGGCGUCGGAUUGCGCCUGGGCGGUUGCCGACCGCUGCUUCCUCCGGGGAUCACCCGAGCCCCGCAACGGUGGCAUUCAUCACCAUGACGCAGCAAGUUCACCCGAUGAUAUCAUUGAUGUUCUUCGACAGCCUCCGGACGGCUCUUCCGAGGAGGAAUCAGACGAGUUGCCGUCGAUGAUGACCGAUGACGACGGCCAUGCGCAUACAAUGCUAAAUACUAGCAAGAAGCGGCAGACGGAGAGGACAUCGUACCCGAAGCAGCUGAGGAAAUAUUUGUUCAUUGGGCAGAGGCGAACGCGGCGAGAAGAUAGGAGGCAGACGGAGUUGAAGCUGCCCAUGAUCGUUUCCAACACGCGCACAACCGUGGACGUGCUGUGGCAGGACGGCACGCUGCAGCGCGGUGUGCCAUCGAGCUCCGUCGUGCCCUUCGUGACCCUGAACGAGCACGAGUUCUUCCCCGGGCAGUACGUUGUCGACAACGCCCCUGCUGCUGCUGGGGAUGGACGCCUGGGUAUCGUCAGAAGCCUCAACUGCAAGGACAAGACGGUGCGUGUGUCGUGGUUCAAGGCUGCGGGGUGCCUCCAAGAGGUCGAGUGCGACGAUACCGUGAGUGCAUACGAUCUUGGCAUCGACCGUGACCGCUGUGUUUUCUACGGAGAUGUCGUCACUCGCCCUCUGCCGCUAGGAUCAACCAACGACGGAUGUACAGCUUCAGUGCAACAACCACUGGCUCGGGGUCACAGAAAUAGGGCCGCUACGUCCGAUCUUUCAUGGGUCGGGCGUGUUGUAGACCUUCCUGACGGCCACGUCCAAGUAGAAUGGGGAGACGGCAGUAUGUCAACGGUGUUACCCCAUGAGAUCACUGUCGCCAACGAUGACCCCUACACGGAGCUGCAAGCGGAAAUGGGUGACUGGGUCGAGGACGACGACGCUGCUCAAGACUUGGAUGCUGCUAAUGCGGACAACGAUCCUCCUAAUCCAGUAGAUGGCAAGAUCGAGGGCGGCGCUGAUGAUUUUCCAAAUGAAUUUGGCCGUGCUUCGAUAUGGACUUGGGGCUUGUUGGGUGAUGUCCUCCGGGCAGUGACCCAAUUGGCUGCCAAAACGUUGGGUGAAACCAAGAGAUGUCUGAUGAGGUGGUCAAUGUCAUCAAUAUCAGAGUUACCUGUGGCCGGUGAAAAUGCUCAGGUGCCUGUACCUGUAUCUGGAAGCGGUGACAGUCCCAGCAAUAGGGUUGCCGAGGUGACAACCUCCGAUGCAACUGCCGGUACUCACCACUCUCAUCCGGAGGAAGAGGAAAAGCCCACGGUUGCCACCUGUGGUGUUGACGAUCCAUUCCACUUCCCACGAUUUGAUACCGUGAAGAGCCCGUCGGAUCACCAUUACCUCGAAACCACGGACUUGCAGGUUGGUGGUGCUGGAAAAACUUGGGUUAAGACGGUGCAAAAGGAAUGGAAAAUACUAUUGAACGACUUGCCAGACACUAUCUAUGUGCGGGCGUUCGAGGACCGGAUGGACUUGCUCAGGGUGGUGAUUGUGGGUGCAAGUGGGACGCCGUACCACGACGGGCUCUUCUUCUUCGACUUGAAGCUACCCCCGUUGUACCCAACCGUACCACCGCAGGUAUACUACCACUCGUUUGGCCUUCGUCUCAACCCCAACCUAUACGAGUCUGGCACAGUGUGCCUCAGCCUGCUCAACACGUUCGGUGGUGAGGGUGCCGAGGUCUGGUCUCCGGCAAUGUCGACACUCCUUCAGGUCGUCGUGUCCAUCCAGGGUCUGGUCCUCAACAACCAGCCAUACUAUAACGAGGCGGGCUAUGAAGAGCUGGUCGGCACGCUGGAGGGCCGCCGCAAUGCGCUGCCUUACAGCGAGAAGGCCUACCUGCUCACGCUCCGGACUAUGCUCUAUCUGUUGCGCCGACCUCCACUGGGAUUCGAGGAGUUCGUUAAGGACCACUUUCGCCGCCGGGGAAGAUUCAUACUUAGGGCAUGUGAGGCGUACAUGCGUGGAUGCAUUGUUGGCACGCUGACUACGGAUGCGUGUCCUACUGAGGAGAGCAAGCGCCCGUGCUCAGCUGGGUUAAUGCUGGCUUUGGCCAACGUGGUGCCAAGCCUCAUGGAGGCUGUGAGGGACUUCGUCCCGGAGGACUGA